AUGAAUAAUGUCAUUGAAUUUAUUUUUGUGUUCUUUUUUUUAUUGUUUUCUUGUUUUAAAAGUUUAACAACUGCUUUUCAAUUCUUCAUAUUUUUCUUCUUUACCAUUCUUUGUUCUCAAUCUUUCUUUUUCUUCUUCUACUCUUCCAAAUUUUCCAAUUUUUCUUUUAUUCUUACCAACUUUCACUUAUUUCUUUGUCCUAAUUUUUCAAAUUCAUUUUUCUUUCCUAGUGUUGUCUUUCUUUCUCAUAUUUUUAUAUUCUUCUUUUUGCCCCCCGCCCCAAUUCUUCCCUUUUUUCUCCCUUCUAUCAUUUACUCCAUAAUUUAUCACAUCACGUUUUCUUGUCUUUUCCUUUUCAAAUUCUUCCCUAUUUCAUUCUUUUCUUUCUUUCACUAUUUUUUCCUAUCAUUUUUAUGCUUCCAUACAUUUCAUCAUUCUUCCUUUUACUUAUCUUCUUUCAAUCUCUCAUUCAUAUUCUUUCUCAUUCAUACUAUAUCUUGUUCAUAG